UCCUGGCCGGAUGCAGUCUUGGCUCUGAGGACAGCACAACCAGCUUGCUACUGGUAGUCUCUGGCCUCUCUGCACUCAUGGCUUCUCCUAACAAGGCAGUGAUUGUUCCUGGGAAUGGAGAUGGGGAUGUGGCCACCCACGGCUGGUAUGGCUGGGUGAAAAGGGGGCUGGAGCAGAUACCUGGUUUCCAGUGUCUGGCUAAAAACAUGCCUGACCCAAUUACAGCUCGAGAGAGUAUCUGGCUGCCUUUCAUGGAGACAGAGCUACACUGUGAUGAGAGGACCAUCAUCAUAGGCCACAGUUCUGGGGCCAUUGCAGCCAUGAGAUAUGCAGAAACACAUCGAGUAUAUGCUAUUAUAUUAGUGUCAGCAUACACAUCAGAUUUGGGGGAUGAAAAUGAGCGUGCAAGUGGAUACUUCAACCGUCCCUGGCAGUGGGAGAAGAUCAAGGCCAACUGCCCUCACAUUGUGCAGUUUGGCUCCACUGAUGAUCCUUUCCUUCCCUGGAAGGAACAACAAGAAGUGGCAGAUAAGUUGGAAGCCAAAUUGUACAAAUUCACUGAUCGCGGCCACUUUCAGAACACAGAGUUUCAUGAACUGAUCAAUGUGGUAAAGUCUGUGCUGAAAGUACCAGCAUAAUCUGGUGCUUGCUGUUUUGUAUUCCCAUAUAGGAGCAGAGUAAUAACUUCCAUUAUCAGACAAUAACUAGAUAUAAAACAUCCAGUUUAGUUCCAAAAGUGCCUGAAAAACAAAUACAAGUUUCAACAUCACACUGAGUUACAGACAACAUUUCCAUUUUCUGUAGUAUCUAAAUCUUCCCAAAUUGCUAUGAACUGCAGGGUUUUUUUUUUUCUUUUUCCCCCCUAUUUGGUUGGGGACCUACAGGUAGUUCCAUCCUUAUUGAUCCAAAGACCCAAAGUCAGAAAUGGAAACCAGGUGUCCUGAUUCUCAGUCCAGAUUAAAACUAAAUAGAUUUUCGUAUAUGUUAUAAAAUAGUAUUCUUUUCCUCUUUGAAAAUAAAACUUUUCUGUUUUAUUGGAGAGAGAAAAUAUGACUAAAGGUCCAGAGUGUUGGCUUAGAGCUCAACACACUAACUUGUAUUUCAGUCAGCUCUGAAUAUUGUAAAGAGGGAGUAAAUGACUCAAAUAAAACUUGGGCCUUUACCACUGCCAUUACCCACUGCCCCUUGGUCCUUCAGACAGGUUGAGAGACCAACACAUAAGGAUGCCGGGUCAAAGAUCUCCCUGAGUCUUGCUGGGAGCAGGAGCACAGGCUAUCUGUAUAUCAGCAAAGGUGACGAAUUUUUGUAAGACAAGACUGGUAAGAUCAGGGUCAUGUGGAGAGCUCAUGUCCUUUCUGAAUUGUUGCCUUGAGGAAAUUGACAAGGUGUUGCCAAUUUUAAUUUUUUGUUGUUGUUGUUGUUACUGGGAAUUGAACCCAGGGGUGCUUUGCCACUGAGCAACACCCUUCCUUUUUUAUUUUUUGAGAUAGGGUUUGCCAAGUUGCCCAGGCUAGCCUCAAACUUGUGAUCCUCCUGCCUCAGCUCCUGAAUUGCUGGGAUUACUGGCAUGUACCACUGUGCUCAGCCGACUGACAUUUUGAGGAAAAAAAAUCUUAGUUUUUUAAAAUUUAGGGAAUGUAAUAUAUAUGUAAUAUAUAUGCAUCAUUUUCCAUAUGGAUUAUGUUAGUUGGCAACAACACUGUAAACCAAAAAAUUUUAAAAUAUUACAAGAUAGAAUCCAAGUCAUCCAUUAGCCAAGUGACACAGAUGAUUCUCUACAAAGCACAAGAAAAACAUAAGUAAAAAACACAACAACAAACAUAAUCUUAAAGGAUGAAGAACAUGGGAACAAUAUGGAUUUUGUUACAAAGUCUUAUUCCAAGUAUGGUUAUGUAGAGUUCAACCUUUUGACUUCCUAAAGAUCUCUUUCAAGCAUCAUUCCAAGAUUUUUCUUCUGAUCCUACUCCCUCAGAACAAACGGGCUGGAUUGUAGCUUAGUGGUAGAGUGCUUGCCUAGCUCGUGGAAGGCACUGGGUUCUAUCCUCAGCAUCACAUAAAAAUAAAUGAAACAAAGGUAUUGUGUACAUCUUCAACUUAAAAAAAAAUAAAAAAUGAAAAACAAACAACAAAAACCCACAACCACAAAGAAACCCUUUUUUCAUUUCUCAACAUUUUCUGGCUAUUAUAAUGCCUAAGUAUUGCCUAACACAAUUUCUGUGAAUUUACACUCUAUGUUAGAGAGCUUGAAUUUGAUGCAGAAAUAUGAUUUCCCACAUUGUUUAUUCCUGAAGGGAUUCAAGAACCAUUAUUUUAACCUGAAAAGGUUUUAGUUUCUACAUGUACUUAGACAUAGAAAAAAGUCAGAGAAGACAUUCUAAACUUUUGACAACAAUUAUCUUUGGGAGAAGGGAAUUUGGUAGGUAGUGUAGUAGAUGUCCUCAUUUUCCUUUAUUCACCAGGUGGCUAUUUGAAUUUGUAACACUUUAUAUGUAUUACUUUAAUCAUUAAAAUAAAUAAGAUUUAAAAUAACUUAUUUGUCAAGCUAGUAAAAAGAUGAUUAGAUUCAGCAGUUGAAUAGAUCAAACCUAUAAUCAAAGAUUGAUUCUAUUUGAAUUAUUUGGAAAUAGUAUUUUAUUACUGUCUUGUUUUCUAAAGUCCUUUCUUUCUUUAAACACUUAUUUUUAUAACAUCAGUUUACAAUGUUUUCCUCUUCCUCCAUGGGGGAAAACCCCCAAAUGUAUACAGUUGGGGAAUAUUCUUUAUUCCUAUAAGAGCAAUUAAGUUAGACAUAUGACUAUUGAGCUCUGCUGCCCAGUAUGAGCAGUAACAACAGUAGUUGAAAUAUGAAAAAUUCAGUUCUUCAGUCACACAAGCCAAAUUUCAAGUGUUCACCAGCCAUAAGUGGCUAGUGAUUGUUAUGGGAUAGCAACUAUAGAAUAUUUCCAUCAUAGAAAACUAAUGGUCAGCACUAGUCUAGGGCUUUCUUCACCCACCUCUAAUAGUUCAAAGUAAAAGUGACUUCAUUGAAAUUAUUUUUGUGUGAUGUGGUGCUAGGAAUCAAACUUGGGGCCUCAAACAUGCUAGGGAAGUGCUUUCCCACUGAGCUACAUUCUAAGUCCCAAAAUUACUUGUUUUGAUUACUUUCCUUAGUUGAUUACCAUCAAGUAGUAACUUUAAAUUUUGUUCAUUGCCAAACUGAAUCCAAGUUUCAUAUGAGAAUCUAUAUUUAAUUCAUUAAAAACCAUAAAAUCAUGGAAUCUCAGAAUCUGAUAAUCCAUAAAUCAUUAUUAAACAGAGACUUCCUUGGAAGUCUGAGGAGUCAUCUAUCCCCAGGUGAGCAAAUAUCUAAAACCUAGUAGUAAGGAACUUAAUUGUUCUUACAGGAAAUCAACUAAGUAUUAGAGGACUUUAUUUACAAAUUUAAUUUUUUGAUAUUGUCAUGAGUUUAUCAUGUUUUGGUCCCAGGUUAUCUCUGUAGAAUAAUUAAUCCAUUGAAUAUAUAUCUGAGGUGCUGUAUUUUAAAAUUAUUGUCUGUUUUUCCUUCAGUUAAUAUUCAGAAUAAAAUACAAACUAUAGCAAAAUAA